GCUCUUCAUGCUGUUAAACGAGAGGAUGAUUCACACGGACAGAUCCUGUCUGCCUCUCCCUCCCCUGGCCAUUUAUGCAAACACACACAAUGUACUGCAGCCACUUCAGAAGGUCUCAUUUUGCAAAAGCUGACAGGAAUUGUUCUUCACAUCACUUUUUUGAUUGGGAGUCGUGAUGUUUGUCUGUUUGGCCUUUCACAGAGUGAAGAGAAGAACCGCAAUAAUUCAUCUAUUGAGCAGCGCUUGCAUGAGCUGGAGGAUCAUUACGCCGAGGCCACGACAUUGUUGCACAUCCAGGGCUCAUUGGUCUAUGACCUCCAGGCCCAGAUUCAGAACCUCUCCCUGCUGGUGGAAAAAGUCAGACGUAACCCGGGCUGCAUGAUCAACAUAGUCCGCACCAGCCCAAUGCUCAGUGCACAGGAAGCUCUGCAUCCUGAGGUGCAGCAUGUCAGGAACUGCCCCAUUGACUGUGCCUCCAUCUACUAUAAUGGAGUGCGGCGCUCUGGGAUCUACACCGUGGUGCCCUCACUAGGGGCCAUGCCUGUGGAAGUCUACUGCGAUAUGGACACAGACGGUGGCGGCUGGACUGUGAUCCAGCGUAGGCAAGAUGGCUCUGUGAACUUUGACCGCAGUUGGAAGGAGUAUAAAGAAGGAUUUGGAGACCUGCACACCGAAUACUGGCUGGGAAAUGAACACAUCCAUGACCUAAGCAGUCAGGGAGACUAUAUGCUCCGUAUCGACCUGGAGGACUGGAGCGGGAAACACAAACAUGCUGUUUAUCAGAGCUUCAGUGUGGAGGACGAGAGCACUCAGUACCGUCUGCGUGUGUCGGGCUUCAGCGGGACUGUGGAGGACUCCUUCAGCUGGUACCAUGACAAGCAGAGCUUCAGCACAGCCGACACGGGCAACAUCUGUGCCGAGAUCUCCCACGCUGGCUGGUGGUACAACCAGUGUUUCUACGCAAACCUCAAUGGCAUCUACUACAAGAGCGGCCGCUACUCGCUGAAGGGGAAGAACCCUCUUGGUCCAGAUGGUAUCGUGUGGUACACCUGGAAAGAUUCAGAUUACUACUCUCUGAGGAAGGUCAGCAUGAUGAUCCGACCCAGAACCUUCCAACAGCAUCUGUCACCCUGAAUCAGGCCCAACCGAUGAGCUUGGGCCCGUACGUCAACCAGCCAAUCACAGUUCUCAUAGCCACAGCAACACAGGACGGAUGGAUUAUUCCAUGGUGAAACAGAGGAAAAUCUGUGUAUGGACUGAAUGUUUUCAAGGAGGCUGUGAAACCAUUUUUUAGGUUUAUACCAGACUAGAGAAGGACUGCUGCUGAGAUCCUUGAAAGUCAGUGUUUGCCAUUCAGUGAGUCUAAAGUGUGUUACAUGCCUAUAUUUUCUAUAACCAUGGUUUUAAGAAUUAAAUAUUUUGUUGACAUUUUAUAAAUGUGUAUUAAAAGUAGAUUUAGUUUCUGUAGCAUACAAUGGGACCAAAGAUGAUUGAUUUUUUUUUCUCCAAAGCCCUAAAUAGCAACAAAUAUCCCACAGCACUUUCUUAAACACCUGUUUGCCACUAUUUCCUGAUCAAUAGAAUGAUUACAUGAUUAAUGAUAUAUUAUUGUAUUUAAUCAAAUAUACAG